UUCCACAAGCUACUUCAUUAUACACAAUGUCUGGCUCGGAGUGCCUCGUGAACCCUCCUGCAUUGGUCUCCGGCGGUGAAUCCAACAAUGUUUUGCAGAUUGCCUCCCUCAAUUCUUAUGUUUCCGGGAAUGCUGAUUCAAAAGUCGCACUUCUUUUUAUUUCUAAUAUACAUGGCUAUGGAGUUUCGAAAUUCAGGAAACUUGCCGACAAAGUUGCCUCUGCUGGAUAUUACGUAGUUGCGCCUGACUUCUUUCAUGGAGACCCCAUAACUCCUGAAACUCCGAUUUCAGAUUGGCUAAAGAAUCAUGGACCGGUAGAAGCAGUUGAGCCCGCCAAACUGGUUAUUAAAGCUCUUAAAGAGAUGGGUAUAACUAAAAUUGGCGCUGCAGGAUUUUGUUGGGGUGGCAAGGUAGCUGUAGAGUUAGCAAAGGAGGAUGAUAUACAAGUUGCUGCUCUCUUGCAUCCUUCAUUUGUCACUUUAGAUGAUAUCAAGGGGGUUAAGGUUCCUACUGCCAUACUCGAUGCUGAGAUUGACAAUAAAUCUCCACCGGAGCUUGUCAAAGAAUUUGAGCUUGCUUUACAAGCAAAACUAGAGGUGGAUCACUUUGUGAAGAUAUAUGGUGGUGUAUCGCAUGGUUGGACGGUUCGAUAUAAAGAUGAAGAUGCAGAAGAGGUGAGAUCUGCCGAAGAGGCUCAUGAGGAUCUUGUGGGUUGGUUUAACAAUCAUCUUGAUCCAAACCAUUCAAUAAUAUAAAGAAAGAGAGAGUUCGAGAAAAAUGUGACACCCCUCUACAAGUAAAUAAAGCGUCAUCAUAGACGUGCAUUUAUAUUUUUGAAUUUUUGAAUAAAUGCUUACCUUAGUAAUGUCACAUCCCGAUAUUCACAUUAUAAGUCUUACAGAUGUUAUAUUACAUAUUUAAUUAUAAAAGUGAGACUUAGUGGAAGUCUUAAAUA